AUGGCCCCUCAAGAAUCUCAGAGCGGAGCAGAUGGACCGCGGAACGGUUCUGCGCGGGCUGCCGCGCUGUCAGAGUCGCAUCACGAUAAGCCACAGUCCGCUCCCUCUGAUCCCGUCGCGGCCCUCGUUUGCCACCCGAGAAGGAGCAAUGUUUUCAACUGCAUCUCUUUGGGACGGCCUCAGGGGAUCAAGGAGCUUGCAGUCAAGGACCUUGAGUAUCGCAAGCGCGCAGAGAAGAAAGAGGCAAAGGCUCGGAAAGACGCUGCAUUGUGGGAGCGCAAGGCACGCAGAAACCGAGAAGGGAGGGAUCGAGACGAGAGAAGGAGGGCAAGCAGAGAGCGAGUCAGGCAAAAUAAAAAGGACAAGGCGCUGAGGCAUGCUGAGGAAAAAAGAGUCGAGGACUAUUAUGGUAUACGUGGCUAUGACCCAAAUGCUGGAAUGCUACGCUCUAAUCGAGAGAGGGCUAUGAAGGCGCGUGCGGAGCAGGGUGAGCAUGUAGGUCAAGAGAGACAAGGACCGCCCAGUCGAAAACUCGACGUGGAACAGACCUGGGGCUUUGAAUACGGAAAGCCAAUACAGCAGGAUGGAAAGGGACAUUAUUCUGGACAUGACGAGAACUGCGGAGAGCACUAUGGGAGCAGUGCCGCUGCGAUUAGUGAUGGAGGUUGA